UAAACUUUAUAAAUGUCUCUAAACGAUUUUGAAAAACUUACUCGUAUCGGUUCAGGCUCUUAUAGCAGUGUCUACAAGGUCCAGAGGAUAGAAGACGAUAAGCAAUACGCCCUGAAGAAGGUGAAAAUGAGUGGUCUCUCAAAUAAAGAGAAGGAGAAUGCGCUUAAUGAAGUUCGUUUCUUAGCCUCAAUCAAUCACCCAAACGUUAUAUCCUACAAAGAGGUCUUCAUAGAUCACCCUAGCUCUUCAUUAUGAAUAAUCAUGGAGUAUGCUGAUAACGGAGAUUUGCUCGAGAAAAUUCAGAAGCAUAAAUAAAAACGGCUCCUUUAUUCCAGAGGAUGACAUUCUAUCAAUAUUCGUGCAAGUAGUCAGUGGUCUUAGCAGAAUCCAUCAGUUGAAUGUAAUGCAUAGAGAUCUUAAAUCAGCAAAUGUGUUCCUCAACAAAGAUGGACGAGCACAACUAGGUGAUCUUAAUGUUUCAAAGCUUGCUCAACUAGGUAUGAACUAUACACAAACUGGAACUCCUUAUUAUGCAAGCCCUGAAGUGUGGAAAGAGAAGCCUUAUGAUUUCAAAAGUGAUAUAUGGUCGCUUGGAUGAGUUCUGUAUGAAAUCGCUGCACUCAAACCUCCUUUCAAAGCCAAGAAUAUGAGUGAGCUUUACAAGAGAGUUUCUAAGGGCACCUUUGCUCCAAUACCUAAAGUUUAUUCCAAAAAUUUGCUCAAAGUUAUCUGUUGAUUAGUUAAAAGAAGUCCUUCAUUAAGGCCUUCCUGCCAGGAGAUUAUGGAUGAAGUUCUUCCAAAGAAUGGCUUUGAAUCAUAUGUGGCGAAGUACACUUAUCAAUUAGAUAAGAAAGAUAGCCUCCUUGGAACUAUAAGAUUUUCAAAAUAACUGGAAGUUAAAACAAAUAAAAGAGAAAUUGCCUAAAUCUAACUACAGAGAUAAGCAUGUGGAAAGUUACGAUAAUUUAUUGUAUCAUAAAGAAAAUAACAGCGUAAGUCUAACAAGAAACAAUGAUACAAUGAUUUCUCAAUCAACAAUGCAGAGCUCAAGUCUAGUUGAAAACCCGGUGAUCCCUCAAAACAGAUACCUCGCUGUUUCAUCUAUAAAAGCGACUCGAUCUGAUGGACACAACCGAAACUCUUCACUAUCCAAACUAAAAAUCGACCGCCAGAUGACUCACAGAGACUAUGGUGACAUCACUAAGGACUACACCAAUCCUGAUACCCUUAAAAAUAAUCCGAAUAUCACUUCAAAGCCUAUCAAGCAACGUCAUAAAAGGACUGAUCUGAACCUUCUCCGGCUCUCCAAGCUCAAAAAUGACAAAAAGUCUUCAAUGAAGCGUUAUCUUGAGCUAAAAGAUAACUCUAAGAUCUCACUGAUGCCUAAAAUCCCCAGAAUUACAGGUAAUUAUUUGUUUAUUAUUGUACAGAAAAUCUGUCUGACUACAACAGUCGACUUGACAGCCUCCAAAAGGCAAUCUCUGUUAUUGGUGAUUCCAAAAAGAUGCAGUCUGAACUAUAUAUGAACAUGCAUAAGAAGAGGAACAGUAUUUCAAAUUAUGGAAAGUGAGACAACAGACCACAUAGAAAGAAAGAUAAAAGCAGUUCUUUUGAGCUCUACGGAGGAUACUACCCCAGGAAGAGAAAUGACAACAAAAGUUAUAGCAAAAGUAUAUCUGGACUCAGAAUAAGCCGAAUUAUUAAAGGAGCUAGUGACUUUGAAUAGAUCGUCUGAAUAGAUA